GCUGUUGGAACCGGACAACUCAUCUGCCAAGGUGGAGAGGUUAUCUGUGAGAGAAAAUCAGAGGAGGGUCCCAGUACCAGAAUAUCCUACACUCCCUCAUUAUCAACAUGGGGGCUGUUAUCUCACGGUGGAAGGUUUUUAUCAAGCCUUUACUGAUUAUGUCUUUCUACUUUAUGCUGCUCUAAUACAAAUUACGUAACUGCUCAUUAGUUGGCAAUAUUUUUGCUUUGUCCAUGUUUAGUUGUAAUGUUUUAACUUUAGAUUUAAUACGAUUUCAGUUUUGAAGCACAUGUAGGACUUUUACAAAUAAUUCUACCACACCAUACUUAAAGCGCAGAUAGGGGUCAUAUGCUUAGAUAGAUCUACAUAAAUUAUCACAAUUCAGAUGUUAAUGCUAAUGCUCCUCCUGGCAUAUUGGCAUGCACAGGCUAACUGAAAUCUAUCACAACAAUGGAAGAACACACACGUGAUACAUACACAAAAUGUGCAGAAGUGGGAAGCUGAAACAGGAAGUUUCCAGAUCCUUUCAAGAAGUUGCUUGCACAGUUAGCAAUGUUGUUAUGGCAAAUGUCAUCAUUUCUUCUCUCUGACAGGGAUUUCAAAAUGUUUGCGUUACAGGCUAAACCAUCCACUGUGGAGAUUUUGGAAGGAAUCGAUAAGGAUAUACAGAUUCUUGAAGAAUACAGUGAGAAGUAUCAAAGGCAGUUGAAGAUAUGGGUCGGGCGACUGCUUCUGUACUCGUCUCUUCUCUACCUGAUCACAUGUAUAGUUGUGUAUUUCUGGUACCUGCCUGAACAGUUGAUGGGACGGCUCAUAUUGUCUCUUCCCUUCCUAAUAUUUCCAUUAUUAGUUUGGUUACUUCGAAAAAUGCUUAUAAUUAUUUUUUCGCGAAGAACUGAAAAAAAUAAUGACAAAUUAGAGGAUCUUAAAGCACAAAAAAGGAAAAUACUUGAAGAAGUAAUGGAAACUGAGACAUAUAAAAAUGCUAAAAUGAUUCUGGAGAGAUUUGAUCCUGAUUCCAAGAAAAAAAUUGAGCUUGAAUGUACUCCAGUUGGACCUCAGAUGACUCCAAAACCAGGACAAGACCUCCGCCAUCGCAAUGUCAUCCCAAAGACCCCCUCAGUGGUGGUGACUCCUGCAAGCGGAGCUGCUGCCCGCCCUCCUCUUGCCUCUGGGCCCACCUAUCCUGGACGAGCUUCCCACUCUGCUCCAGGUGGACCCCCAGAGAGGAGCCUGUCGGCUAUAGCUGCUCAGCAGAGUUUGAUGAGGAAGCCUGCAACCCCUGGAACACCUGUUCCAGGAAUCGGGAUGCACCCCCCAGGCCCGCCCCUUGCCAGACCCGUGCUCCCAAGGGAAAGAGGCGCUAUGGACAGAGUCAUUGAGUAUCUUGUUGGAGAUGGCCCUCAGAACAGAUACGCUCUCAUAUGUCAGCAGUGUCUGUCCCAUAACGGCAUGGCAUUGAAAGAGGAAUUUGAAUAUGUUGCUUUCCGAUGUGCGUAUUGUUAUUUCUUGAACCCUGCAAGAAAGACCAGGCCUCAGGCACCCAGACUCCCCGAGGUCACUGGCGAACUGAAGAUGUCACCUGAGGCACCCUUACUGUCGUCUGGUGCUGACGUAGAUGAUGACCGAUCUGUUUUAGAGAAAACCAAGCUUGCUGAUGUCUCUGCUGAUACAGACACCCAAGAGCCAGGCACAUCAACAACCACAGAGCCCAGUCCUACGUCAGACAGCCAAAGCACCUCAGAGUCACAAGAUCUGCCCUCGGAGAAAUCUGACGGAGAGCAAGAUUUGUCUGCCAUGGAAGUGGAAUAAAACAGUGGAGUAGUGAUUUCAACGCAAGUCAGGAUGGAACUUUAUUUUUUUUCUUUGAAGAAAUGUCAUAACCGAUAACUUUUAAGUAAAUGCCGCAAGUUGGAUUAACACAGUAACUUAAGUCCGCAGUUGAUGUGAUUUUCAACUUAUAGUACAGAAUGUCAUUUCUUUUGAGAAUUGCUUUUAUAGUUCUAGCAAUAGUAAUGAAUUAAAUAUAAAAUCGCAUAGCACUAGCAUUUGGUAGCAACCGCCAAACAAACCACCUUCCCAGUACGAUUACAUAUCCAGCCCUGGAUGACUGAAUUUCUAACAAGUUUUUAUCUGGCUUAAUUGGAAACUGCGUGAACAAAACAGGAAAUAUUUUGUGGGAAAAUACAUUUUUAUUUAUGGGAUAUUAUUUAAACAUAUUUUUCUAUAAUGCCGUGCCUUUCAUGACAGUGUUGAAUAGGGUGCUCUGCAUCACGGUAGUGCUAACAUGUUUACACAACCAUGGUACCAUAAUAGGAAUGAACAUACAGUCUGUAUUUAUUGCUAAAAUGGAGGAAAAGAUUGUCAGUACUGUGCACCUGCCCUAAGUGCCUCUUUCAUUUUAAGUCUCUGCUUCAGAGUAUUGUCGAUAAAACCUAUUUACAUAUAGACAAUAAAGUUAUUUGACUGUUUAUAGACAGUAUGUGUUUGCUGAAUGUCUGAAUCCCUGUUCUGUAUACAUAAUACUAAAUAAACUUGUGAGAACAUC